AUGGCGAAUUGGACGAACACUCUACUUGAUUUAGAGAACAGAUUGGGCUAUUCAAGGAUGAAGUUUGGCAAGACUUACACUGAAUUCAUUGAGAAAGAAGUGGCCUGCAACCAAUUGGCAGGUUGUUCUUAUGUGAAGUUUGAAAGGUUGAAGAAAAUUCUCAAAAAAUGUACAACGCCCGACUCUUCUAGCUCUGGCGACGACCUUGAUUUCGCGACCUCCCCUUGCUCUUCACAUUCUUGCUGUGAGGAUUCCCAGGCUUGCACGACUUCAGGUCGUAAGCCUAUCUCGAGCUGCCAAAGGAAGACGAAGCUUCGGAAAGGGUUGCCCGUAUCUCCAUUGAAGACUGGAGAAUGUCCUGUGUCAUGCCGGGGUAUGAAUCGCAUUCUCAACUUUCUGCGGCCUGCAGGUGGCGACGCAAAGUUUUUUGGGGAGUUGAUGGAGAAGCUAUUGGAAGUGAAUGUGAAGUCUGAGAAUGUGAUAAUUCGUGCUAGGGCUCAAAUAAUCGGCUUGGUUUGUCAAAAUAUUCAUCAAUCCUUCAUCUCAGAAACGGAACCACUCGGUGAAUUUACGUGCGAUUUAGAUUGUUGUUCGCCGACUCUUACUUGCAAGGUGGGGGAGUCUACGAGUCUGGAAUUCGACCUUUUAUGCUCCAUAUGCUUGGAACCGUUGUUUGAACCUAUAGCUUUGGGGUGUGGACAUCUGUUCUGUAAUAACUGCGCUUGCACCGCCUCCUCCAUGCUGGGACACGAGGGUCCCAAAACAGCCCGUUGUGACGCCAAAUGCCCUCUUUGCCGACAGAUUGGAGUCUAUCCUGACGGGGUUAAACUGAAAGAGUUGGGUGGCUUGAUUUAAAAUAGAUGUCUGGAGUACUGGAAAGAGAGAUCUCAACGAGAGCGGGAACAGCAACUGAAGCUGAAGAAGGACUUGUACAGUCAGCAAAUGGACGCUCUUCUAAGGGAGCGAGAUUCAAUUCUUACCUUAUAGGUAGCGAAGCUAGUCCAGGCGAUUCUGCAGUGUAGAUAUGUAGAACGUUUAAUUCUAUUCAAUUACGGUAGUAAUUCGAAUUAGGAAACAACCUGCGGGGGCGAAAAAUAUGCCCUUGCAGUCGCCAUUCUUUUACAGGCCUUCAAACCAUGUGCUCGACUGCUAUUCACCCAGGUUUAAAUCAUGUAGACACAAUUGUCAGAGAAUUCUGCACAGGCAUUAAUGUGAAUAUGUUCGCAGCUUUAAGGCAUCGUCCCUCA